AUGCCCACUUCUUACCCAGCCAACUGCGCUGAAUCGUCAAAGAGUGACCUUGUCAUCCGCGUGCCUGAGUACAGUGAAGACCCCUUUGCGGUGAAAUGCGAUCAGGAAAGCCACGGAGGAGGAUGGACAGUAAUCCUGCUUCGAUACGAUGGAAGUCAGGACUUCUUUCUGGAGUGGAGGGACUACAAAAACGGAUUUGGCCAUCUGAACAAUGAGUUCUUUAUCGGCCUGGACAAGCUGCAUGCGAUGACUGCCUCGGAACCCCAGGAACUUCUAGUUCUGCUGGAGGAUUACAAACAAGAUAAGCGAUAUCAGCUGUACGAUAACUUCACCAUCGGUCCCGAGGACAAAAAAUACAUCCUGGAAUCGACCGGAAAAUCCAUCGGAGACGCCGGGGAUUCACUUGAAUAUCACCUGGGCAUGAGUUUCAGCACCAUAGAUCGCAAGAACGACUGGACAGGACCAACGGGCUGUGCACAACAAUUUAAGGGCGCUUGGUGGUUCCGCAGUUGCCUAACGAGCCACUUGUUUGGGCUCUUUGGUGAAGACCAAUCCGGAAGAGGCAUACUGUGGACUACCUUUAGAGAUGUUCCCUACGUGAUGAAGCGCGCUCAAAUGAUGAUAAGGCCAAGACGGGUUUCUCAAUCUUUGGGUUAG